AUGCCCGACCUCGCCCACCUCCGAUACAUCGUCGAGGACUCGAUCGGCAAGCACAUGUACGAGAACGCCGUGUUUCUCGCCGACAAGCUCGUCACGAUGUCCCGCGGCGCGCCGGACGACGUGUAUCUGCUCACGCAGGCCUUCAUGUUCACGAGGCAGCACCGGCGGGCGCUGCACGUGCUGCGGCAGCAUCGGCUGGCGACGUCGUCGCCGCGCUUCACCUACCUGACCGCCAAGUGCCUCGCCGAGUGCCAAGAGUGGGACGAGUGCCUCGCCACCCUCGACGACACGGGCCACGAGUGGCUCCGGCUCUACUACGGCUGCAAGCUCGACCCCGAAAAGGGCCGGCAGCUCGCGGCGCUGCACGCGGCGGCGGGCGCGGCGGAGGAGCCCGCGCCUGCUACGCGCUGA